AUGGCUACGGCAAGGGCUGGAGGAAGCGGAAAGGACCUCACAGCAACCUCGCGGCGUUUGGCGCGGUAUGAGAGCCUUCUCAAUGAGAUCUUGCCAAUGGUGUCGCCAGAGGUACGCGCCUUGAUCGAGGAAGCGCGUGACAACGAUACCGCAGUGUCAAAUAACGGUUCCGAGACGGCGGAAACAGAUCAAAAUUUCCUCCCUCCUGCUUUACUCAAGUCCGAGUCGAGCCUGGCAGCAUCGGGAGGGCGCAUCAUCCUGCCGCUCCCCGUGCCCAGCCCACACGCUCCAGCACCCUCGCGCUCCUCGACAUCGUCGGGGACGUUUGAUCCAGUUGCCCCGCCGCCCACGAUCGCCAGCACAGGACCAGGAUCUACUGUCCAGACGGCGUCACGACUCUCGCCCGAAUCUAACAUCUCGGGAACACGAUUGCCGUCUAUCACUGCCGAAGGGCUCCUGAUCGAAACCGGACUGAGGGAUCGUUCGCCUACAAGUUUACACCGACCGGUCGACACAGUUGGCAGCUAUGGGCAGGACCGUCUCGGAGCACCGCCAACCUCUCCGGGCAGUCACACGUCCCUUGGAGGUGCGUUAAGCGGACCACAUCCUGGACGUUCAGAUACUGACCCGCGGAGAAGAGACUAUGCGGUCCCCACAGUUUUCCCCUGGCUGAAAUCCAACGAAGCGGCUGCCGUGCGAAAUUGA